AGUCCCAACCUCGACAUGAUUGCUCUGCGACGCUCCUCUGCUCUCAAUGCCGUCCGUUCCUUGGCCGUUAAGGCCUCGGCUCCCCAGGUUCGCUCGUACGGCGAGCGUGCGGCCGACCAGAGCCGAUGGGGUAUGACCCCCAAGACCUUCGAGAGCGUCUUGGACCGUUUUGCGCAGCACCGUGCAUGCGCUGUGCUCCGUACCCCGACGGCGGAAGCGGCUCCCAAGGCCAUGCAGGCAGCCAUUGACGGAGGCUUCAAGAUCGUCGAGUUCACCCUUACCACCCCCAAGUGCCUCGACGCCGUCGCCGACUUCCGCAAGAAGUACGACGGCAAGGUCAUGAUCGGCUGCGGUACCAUCAUGGACAUCGAGGAUGCCCAGAACGCGCUCGAUGCUGGAGCUGAGUUCAUCGUCGCUCCCGUCCUCGUCCCUGAGGUUGUCACCUGGUGCCGCACCCGCAACGUGGUUUGCAUCCCAGGAUGCUGCACCCCGACUGAGCUCUACCAGGCCUACAAGGCCGGAGCCCCCAUCCAGAAGUUGUUCCCUGGAGUCGCCGGUGGACCCGACUUUGUCAAGGCAGUUUCUGCCGCCCUUCCCAUGCUCAAGAUCAACCCCACCUCGGGAGUUGACUUGAACAACGCGCACGAGUUCCUUCAGAAGGGAGCUGCCUCCGUCGGACUCGUCGCCCCUCUCUUCGACCCGCAGGACAUCUCCAGCGGCAACUGGGACAGCAUCAAGGCUAAGGCAGAGAAAGUGAUCAAGAACGUGGAGAGCGUCGGUCCUCUCAAGCGAUGAAGAGUUUAGCUGGGAACCUCUUUGUUGGGGUGUGGAGGAACAACUCUUAAGCUCCUAGAUGUCUUGUAAAUGCUUCUACGUUGA